ACUCAAGUUUCCGUGACAUGCCAUGCGAGUACCUCCCUCCUGGUCUUCCCGUUCCCUCUCCACCCAUCUCUGCUUGGUUCCUGCAAAAACCAUUCCUGGGGCAGUAAGGCAUUCCGAGGAUUUAGCGGAGAGAGACUCAGCAGUGCUGACCAGCGCGUUGUCGUGGAGUGGAUUAGGGAAUCAGUCGCGCGGCCCAUGUACUUACUUGCUCUCCCAAGAAUCCUAGUGUCCUGCACGGCCCUUUUAUUGCUAGUUUUUGAAACGCGAGGACCGGACGGUAUCGAAAUCGCCUUCACCCAGCUUAGCCGGCGUACUGAGUAGAACCAGUCGCGUAAAAGGCAGCACGCCAUGGGGAGGACUAUUCCCGAGUCUGCGAAGAGCCCCCUGCGAAUCCCUGCGACUAACCGGUCCCACCUCGCCGACCACUCGUCGCCGUGCGACACUCUUCCUGCGACGUCGCAUGCCGUCGCGGACUCGCAUGUUCGUGAUGGCGACGGUUGCGCCGUCGCCCUCGCAAGCAUGUCGCUUGAAGAGAUCUCUGCGGCGAAGCACGUGCAGGCGCAGAGGCUAAGGGACUUUCGGAUUGCGUACGGAGCACCGAAACCGCUGGCAGAGGCUGUUCAGGUGCCAGCAAUUUUGGCGGGCUUACCGCCGCCACCUGCGGCGCUCCCUGCGGCGUCGCAUGCGGCAGCUCCUUUGACAGGAGCACCGUCGCGCGUCGCUCAUCCGACGUGGCAGUCGCUGCGGUUGUCGCAGCUGUCGCAGCAGUCGCAAGCGGGAGAGCAGCAACAGCAGAAGGAGUUGCGCUUGUGCUUGCGUGCAUCCGGGAUGACUCACGCGCCGCAGCAAGGAGACCGUCUGUACGCCUCAGAAGGGAGGGAGGAGGAGGAGAAGGAGGAGGAGGAGAAGGAGAAGGAGGAGGGGGAUAGUGGAAAGGGUGAGGAGGGAGCUAUCACGCCCGCCUCCUUAUCCUCCCCGCCCCCCUUCCCUUUCUCCCCCCUCUCCCCAUCCCCCCUCCAACAGUGCUCCCUCUCCCCCUCUCCCCCUUUCCCUUCAGCCCUCCCCGGAUCCCGCCUCUCCCCUUCCCCCCUUUCGCCGUCGCCCCUCAACCCAGCCCGCCCCACCCCAGCCGCCCUCUCCCCUUCGCCCCUCUCUCCUGCCCCUCGUCCGUCUCGCUUCAAACCGCCUCUAGCAGGCGCCGUGCCGCCUGCUGCUGCUGCUGCUGCUGCUGCUGCUGCGCCUGCUGCUCUUGCAGUUGCCCCUGCUGCUGCUGUUGCCCCUCUUGGGGCGCAGCAACGGAACGGCAGCACCACCACCCAUCGCGGUGCCUUGUCUGCUGCACUGCAGCCACUGCAGCUGGUGGCGGAAACAGAUGCUGAGCUGGCAACGGUUGCUGACGUGGCAUCACCUGCUGACGUGGCAACGCCGGCUGACCUGGCGACCGCUGCUGACGCACAUAGACCGGAGGCGCCUCGGGAUGCUGGCUGUUCGCAUUCCUGCAAUUCUCACCGUUGCGGGAUGUUUCACUACAGUCACUCUCGAUACAAGCACCUCUGCUACAGUUCCCAUGGAUCCAACCCUGCAUGUGAUCAUAGAGAGGAGCUCUCAGCAUCUUUCCACGGCUCCUUUCUCUCUGAUAAUAGCACACCGCCUAGUAUCACUUCUCUCACCAAGAAUCCCCCUUGUGUUGCCAACUGUAAUCGGGGCUCGUUGAUUUCUGGCCCAAGCGUUCGGAACCGUCAGAUCGGGUUUGCCACCACGCUCGGUUGGGAACCAGAAUCUGUGGCUGAGAUUCGUCCAGAAUCUUCCGUAGCUGAUGUGGCUUCCGCUGGUUCGGCCACGCCAUGUCCUCUCCCAUCUGCUCCCAUUGACCGCCACGUCAGCACCCUCUGCCCCAGCAGCUGCCUCGCGACCUCCACGUCAGCCUCAGCUCCCACGGUCAGCGACCUCUUUUUCCACCGAUGGCUCGCUUCCAGGGGAUGCGCAGCAGGAGCUGCUGCCUCGUCAGCAUGUGCCACGUCGGCAUGCGGUGGGGAGAGGGAGAGGAAUCGGCAGCAGCGGCAGCUGCUGCUGCGGCGAUCGCUGGUGGGGUCGUUUGAGGAAUCCCUACUAUGGCAUGCUGCCAGGAGGGGAGAAGAGGCGGGGAGUGUGAAGUGCAUUCACGGCUUUAAAGCCAUUCUAGCAGUCAUACCACAGCAAGGGGAGUGGACCACUGAUCCGCUCAAGACGUCCUUCUCAGCCUCAUUCCUCCCGUCGUCGCCCUCCCAACUCUACGCUGCUAGCAUUGCCAUCGGGGGAGGGGCGGAAGUGGUAAGGCGGAAUGAGGAUGCUGCUGCUGCUGGUGCUGCUGCUGCUGCUGGUAUUGGUGUUGGCCGGAUUUUUUAUAGCCGCACUGCUGCGACUGAGGGGGAGGAAGGGAGGGCAAGGAGGGACAGCCGCAGUGCUGCUAUUGCGGUUGACAGAGGGGCUGCUAGGCACGGGCUAGAGUGCACAGAGUUGCCACUUGGACGAGGAAGCAGACAGGGAGAGGGCGGAAGGGCAGAGGGGGAUGAAGGGCUAGAAAUGGGGAUGGGUGGGCGGUCGGCUCGUGAGGGGGGCUCCUCCAGCGGUUUGACAUCUACUGUGUUGUCGCCCGCUCGGUUUUCUUCGAAUGGCUGGUCUUCGAAGAGCCAGAGAGUGAGGGUACCCACCAAGGGCCGGAUCCAACUGCUGCUGUCGAAUCCCGAGGGCACGCCCGUGCACACCUUUGCAUGCUCCUACGACCUCUCGGACAUGCCACCAAAUUCCAAGACCUUCAUUCGCCAGAAAACAGUGCUUGCGCCCAAACAGGCUUCCGUAUCUUUCCAGGAACCUUCCCAGACAGCCUCUUUGGAUCGACAGCAGCAGCACGCGGAGAAGCAGGAGCAGGGGAAAGGGCAGGGGCGGGAGCAGCUGGGGCAGGGGGGGGUGCUACCUGGGGCAGUUAGAGCUGUGAUUCACCUGCAGUUUGUUUGCCUGCCCAAGGCACGCAACCCUGCUGCUGCCGGUGCUGCUGGUGCUGCUGCUGGUGCUGCUGCCGGUGCUGGCGGUGCUGCUGCUGCUGGUGCUGUUGGUGGUGCUGCUGGUGCUUUAGAGAGGGGAAGUGAGGGAGAGGCAAGGGGAGUGGGAGAACCGAGGGAUCUAGAGGGAGUGAGUGAAGGAAGGAGUGAAGGGAGGAGUGAAGGAAGGAGUGAAGGAAGGAGUGAAGGAAGGAGGCGCAAGGUGAAGGAGGAGGAUGGAGGGAAGGAGGGUAAGAAAGACAGAGGGGAGGGUCGGAAGGAGCGCAAGACCCGGCUGUUCCUAUUUGGGGAUGUGCGAGUGGUGUUUCCUCUCACACUUCCGAAUUCCGACAGUCUCAAGCCCAUCCUUGAGUACCAGCUCCCCUCCGACCCACGGUUCUUCCCCUGCUGCUGACAACUGUUCCAAGUACCAGUUGAGGCUGAUGUAAGCCCUGGCUCAGAUUAGUCUGUGGCCUGCUCACCCCACUGGCGGAUUGAUGCCUUCUCUGUUUGUUACGCCUGUGUAAAUAGUUACCCUGUCGUUUCGCAUACAGUAACAUUUGGCUGGCUCUACAGUGACAUUUCACAUACAAUCUGGUUGUCCUCUUCAUUCUUUGGCAUGGCACUGCCUC